GACAGUCCGUCCACAGCUGGCUGCCCCUGGGUGACGCGUAGGCCUGGGAGCGGCAAGCAUGGAGGACCAUAACCUGGAGGAGUUCCGCCAGCGCUGGCAGGAGGAAUUGGCGCAGUCGCAGGCGCUGAGGCGACGGCGGCGGCUCGAGGCUGGGGAGCGGCGGCCCCGGAGACCGGAGGCGGGAGCACGCGGCGAGCCGGCCUCGGGGUACCUGGGGCUGGCGCAGGGUCUGCUGGAGGGCGCGGGCCGACCCCCGGCGCCCAGGCCCGGCCGGACCGACAGGAAGGAUGCGUCCAGCCGUUCGCGCUCACCCCCGGACCGCGACGCCGCGGAGCCCGAGCCGCUGGUGGACCAGCUCAUCCGCGACUUGAAUGAAAUGGAUGAUGUGCCCUUCUUUGAUGUCCAUCUGCCUUAUGAACUGGCGAUCAAUAUAUUUCAGUAUCUGAACAGAAGAGAGCUGGGGCUGUGUGCUCAGGUGAGCAAGACAUGGAAGGUGAUUGCUGAAGACGAGGUGCUGUGGUACCGGCUGUGCCGACAGGAGGGGCACCUUCCCCACAGCAGAUUCUCCGACUACACCUGCUGGAAGCUCAUCUUGCAAGAGUGCCUCGCCAGGGAACACAAGUUAAGAGCCAACUGGAAGAAUCGCAAAGGUGCCGUGAGCGAGCUGGAACACGUUCCUGACGCUGUUUUGUGUGACGUGCGUUCUCACGAUGGAGUUGUCAUCGCAGGAUACACGUCAGGGGAGGUGAGGGUGUGGGACACCCGCACCUGGGACUAUGUGGCCCCCUUCUUGGAGUCUGAGUCUGAGGAGGAGGAUCCUGGAAUGCAGCCAUAUGUCUCCUUUGUGAGGAUCAACAGCUCGCUGGCAGUGGCGGCUUACGAGGAUGGGAUUCUUAACGUUUGGGACCUGAGAACCGGGAGGUUCCCUAUCUUCCGUUUUGAACACGAUGCAAGAAUACAAGCCCUUGCGCUCAGCCGGGAAAAGCCCGUGGUUGCCACAGCUUCUGCUUUUGACGUUGUGAUGUUGUACCCCAACGAGGAGGGGAACUGGCAUGUAGCCUCGGAAUUUGAAGUUCAGAAACUGGUUGACUACCUUGAAAUAGUUCCGAACACUGGCAGGUACCCUGUAGCCAUAGCCACUGCCGGGGACCUGGUGUACCUGCUGAAGGCUGAGGACUCUGCCAGAACCCUUCAUUAUGUCUACGGCCAGCCUGCCACGUGUCUGGAUGUCUCCGCCAGCCAGGUUGCCUUUGGAGUGAAGAGCCUGGGAUGGGUGUAUGAGGGAAACAAGAUCCUGGUGUACAGCCUGGAAGCAGAGCGCUGCCUCUCGAAGCUGGGCAAUGCACUUGGAGACUUCACCUGUGUCAACAUCCGGGACAGCCCUCCCAACCUCAUGGUCAGCGGCAACAUGGACAGGAGAGUGAGGCUCCAUGACCUCCGCACCGAUAAGAUUGCCCUGUCGCUGUCCGCCCAUCAGCUGGGGGUGUCUGCAGUCCAGAUGGAUGACUGGAAGAUUGUUAGUGGAGGCGAGGAGGGGCUGGUGUCUGUGUGGGAUUACCGCAUGAACCAGAAGCUCUGGGAGGUGCACUCCAGGCACCCCGUGCGCUACAUCUCCUUCAACAGCCACAGCCUGAUCACCGCCAAUGUGCCCUACGAGAAGGUGCUGCGAAACUCCGACCUGGACAACUUUGCCUGUCACAGGAGACACCGUGGCCUGAUCCAUGCCUAUGAAUUUGCUGUGGACCAGCUGGCCUUUCAGAGCCCUCUUCCUAUCUGCCGCUUACCCCGUGACGCCGUGGCUGGAUACAGCUAUGACCUAGCCCUGUCUUUCCCCUAUGACAGUAUUUAGGGUGUCACCUCAUGUAGAAGUGGGAAGGGCGACCUACAAAUAUCAGAGCUGGAGGGAGGCGCUGCAGUACAUAGUGGAAGUGUGGGGGCAGUGCCCUGUGUGCCUGCGGCCCUACAGCCUUGUCACCCCGUGCAGCACCUGUACAGAGCCUGAGCCAGAGCCCACUGCUGUCCCCUCCUCCUCCUCCCUCCUAGGGCUUUGGUAGGACUGGCUGAUGACUCAGAGUUAACCUUUCCAGGGUGGCUCCUCCCCCUCAGCCUGGGGACACCCAGGCCUUCACUCCUGCUGCUCUGCUGGGUGUGGUGCUGAGGGCGGAACCCAGAGUCUCGCACAUGCAGGCAGGGCUCAGCCUCCAAGCUGCUUUCCAGCUCACAGUGGUCUCCUGACCCCACCCCAGUCCACACUGUUCAUAAUUAUAGAGCACCCUUACCUGUG